GUACUGUUCUAGUUUAAAAAGUAAACCGCGGAGAGGACAGCGCAGCAAGGCCGACAGGCAGUGAUUGUUUCUCAUGUUUGCGGUAGUAAAUAGAGUGUGUGUGAAAUAAAAUAUACGACACAGAGAAUGGAUUCCAGUUUAGCUGGAAGGCCGGAGAGAGUGGGACCAGUGGAAGUGGGGGACAUAAAGAAGGACCUGCUGGCUGAGUUUUCUGCCAUGCCAACACAGGUAGGUCCACCACGGUCUGCCCUGACCUCGGACAGGGACUGUGUGACCAUCGAGGGGCCGGACACUGUGGUCCUCAAGCCUCCCAGGAGCUGCCAGUCAAACCGACAGAGCGACAAGUCCCUCCCACAAACGGCCCAGAGGUUCACCUUCACGCAGGUGUUCGGUCCGGAGGCGAGUCAGAGGAAGGUGUUCGAGGGCUCCGUUCGGGGUUUGGUCCGAGACGUCCUGCAGGGAGGAAACUGUCUGGUUUUCACGUACGGAGUCACCAACGCCGGGAAGACCUUCACCUUCCUCGGUCCGGACCACGACUCGGGUCUGCUGCCCAGGUCCCUGUCGGUCAUCUUCAACAGCAUCGACGGCCGCCUGUACGGCCGCUGCGACCUGAAGCCUCAGCGCUGCCGAGACUUCAGCAGACUGACUCCAGACCAGCAGGCGGCCGAGAGCAGCAGCAAGAGGAACCUGCUGAGGAUGCUAAAGGAGAGCGACAGAAGCGCGACAGCUGGAAGGUCGGCGUUCCUCGAAGGCUCGUCUCUGAGCAGUGACAGCAGUGUGAACAGCGUCUCAGAGGCCGACAGCUUCUGUUUGGACGUCGACUCAAACGUCCGUUUCUCCGUCUGGGUUUCCUUCUGUGAGAUUUACAACGAGAACAUCCACGACCUGCUCGAACAGGUGACACACACACACACACACACACACACAGACAGCCGGCGAGGCGCCGAGGCUCGCCGCCGAGGCUCGCCGCGCCGUCUAAUGACUGUGUUUGCGAUGUCCUCAGACCUGCGUUGGGUCCAGGUGAGCAGUUCAGAGGAGGCGUACAGAGUGAUGAAGAUCGGGAAGAGGAACCAGAGCUUCUCCUCCACCCGCCUGAACCAGCUGUCCAGCAGGAGCCACAGCAUCUUCUCCAUCAGGAUCCUGCGCGUGGACGACGUCGGCGUUCCCAGAGUCCUCGGCAUCAGCGAGCUCGCGCUGUGCGAUCUGGCCGGGUCGGAGAGGUGCUCACGCACGCACAACACCGGCGAGAGGCUGAAGGAGGCGGGGAACAUCAACAGCUCGCUGCUCACGCUUGGAAAGUGCAUCCACGCCAUGAGGCUCAACCAGAACGCCAAGUUUCAGCACCACAUCCCCUUCAGGGAGUCCAAGCUCACACACUUCCUGCAGUUCUUCUUCUGUGGUGCCGGGCGGGUCUCCAUGGUGGUCAACAUCAACCAGAACUCGUCGUGCUUCGACGAGACGCUCAACGUGCUCAAGUUCUCGGCGCUGGCUCAGAAGGUGGUGGUGCUGAACUCGAGGCCGACGGUCCCCGACGGUCCCGACUCCUCCCAGAGGUCGGCCAUGGAGCUGUCGCUGAUCAUCGACGAGGCGGACUGCCGCAGAAACGUGGCAGGGAGGGGCAGAAAGAGCUCGCUGGUCGCCUGGGAGACGAGCCUGGAGGACGUGCUGGAGGACGAAGAUGGCGAAGAGGGUGAGGAAGAUGGGGAGGAGGAGAGCAUGAUGGAGGGAACGGUCCUGGAGGCAGGAGGCGAGAAUGAGGAGGAGUGGGACGUGACGAUGGAGGAGGAAGAGAAGCAGGAGGGCAGGGAGGCGGCGCUGCGGCUCGUUCUCGAGGCUCAGGUCAGAGAAGAAGUCAGCGCCGAGUUCAUGGAGCUCUUUAAAAAGAUGGAGGAGGACUACAGGGAGGACGAGAAGCAGCGAGGAGCAAACAGGAGAGUGGUCCUGGAGGAGGAGAUCUGGAGGCUGCAGGAGGAAAAUGACAGAAAGAACGAGGCCAUCGUGGAGCUCAGAGGGAGGGAGGAGGAGCUGCAGCAAGAGAAGGCGAGGCUGGAGGAGGAGCUGAGGAGCCGGGUGGCGGAGGUGGAGGGGCUGAAAAAGGAGCAGGUGCUGCUGGAGGAGCAGCUGCUGGCGCUCAGAAACCUGGACGGGUGUCCAAACUGUGACACUGUGUUGGUGUCUCUGGAGGCGGAGCAGAGGGAGGCGUCCAGACUGCAGAAGGAGAACAAAGCUCUGGUGAACGGGAUCUUCCAGCUGCAGACGGAGGUGACCAGCCUGCAGGUGCAGCUCAAACAGCAGACUGACAGAUCCGACAGCCUAUCAGAGCAGUUCAAAGCCACAAAGACCCGCCUCCACGACCUGGAGCACCAGUCAGAGGAGAAGAACGACUCCAUCAGCAGUCUGACACAGGAACUGGAGCGCCUUCGACAGGAAGUGAAGGAGGAGGAGGGGCGGAGCAGCAGCAGCGUUUUCCACGCCGCCAUGGAGGAGCUGAAGAAGGAGAGCAAGGCGGCGCUCCAGCGCUCGGCUCAGAAGUCCCAACAGAUCGAAGAGCUGCAGACAGACAAGCGGCGGCUGGAGGCGGAGCUUACGCUCAGCGAGAACAGGUGCGCUGAGCUCAGAGAGGAGCUGGCCAAUCAGAGAGCAGAGGUCUCCCACCAGCUGGAGAGCCUGAGGGCGGAGCUCGAUUCAGAAGGCGACGCCCUACAAGCAGCGUUUCAGGACAGCGAGGAGAGGAGGAGGCAGCGGGAGAUGGAGGUGGGAGAGCUGCAGCGAGUCUUGGAUGAGAAGGAGAAACAUCUGGAAGAACGCCGCCAACAGGUGGAGACGCUCAGUCGAGCAUCACCUGGACAAGCUGACACGCCGUUCUUCUUCUUUCCUUUCGAUUUGGUGUACGGUGAGAACAAGAGGAACAAACCGAGGGCAAACGCCCGUUGCGUUCAGGAGAGAGGAUGCGCUCUGCAGAAGAUUGAAGAGGCGAUCCACACCUCACCGUGCGUCCUGGGCAGCAAAGAUAAAAACACAAGCUCGGGGGAGAAGGAGGCGGUAACCGUGGCAACCAAACCCCGGCGAGGCCGCAGGAAGCUUUACAAUAUGGACCCGUGGGCGCCGAUGGUGGACUCGCCACACACGACGCCCGGAGCGGCGGCGGAGGAUCGGGAGAGCGACCACAGCAUCAUGAAGAGGAAGCUACGCUCUCAAACCUGCAGGAAGUGACAUCAUGAUUUAUCUUUAAUGUGCGGCGUUCUUCGUUUGUUUCUUUCUUUCUUUUUAAUGUUUGGACCUUUAAAAAAACCACCAGUUCACCUUUGUGAGGCUUUAAAUUUAAGGUGGAAUUGUUUAAGGUGGAUCUCUGUGACUGCUGUGAUGUAAAUAAAGGUGAGCUGAAUCAUG